AUGGUUCGCUGCUGGCCUUCGUUGAGCUCCCGCUCCAAGAAGGAUGCGGGGGCCGCUAAAUCGGGGAAGCUCGUCGAUGGCGGGUCGAGCGCAUCCACACUAAGCACUGACGCCAAAAAGGAGGAAGAGAAGAAGGACACGGAGAAGAAGGACGACGAGAAAAAGGACAGCGAAAAGAAGGACGACGACGACAAGAAGGACGCGACCGAGAAGAAGGAUGACGAGAAGAAAGACGACGCAGACAAGCCUAAGGUGCCUGUCGGGUCACUCAGCGAAGCCAAGAACAUCUACAAGGGCGCGUCCGACGACGACGGGAACUGGACAUGGGUUGACAAGUAUCCGGAUGACGUGGAGGAGGCGGCCGAGAACGAGGAGACGGCCAAGUUUGCAGUCGUGGUGCGCAACCAGAAGAGCAACGACAGCCGCAAGAAGCUCGAGGCCCACAGUAUCAUUGUGCAGAGCCCGUUGAUCCGGGCUGCGCUGGCGGAGAUUAUGGCCGAUUACCCGGGCGUGGCAUGCGAGCUGACCCGGCUGGAGUUUGAGGCGCCGUUUAAGCCUUUUGUGCACCGGUGGAACGAGUUCCAAAAGUACUACGCCAAGCCGGACCUGGACGAAAAGACCAAGGAGCACAUGAAGGUGCUGGUGGACAUCCUCGAAUACGAGAUCGGCAAGGAUGUCAAGACAUUCCAAGACUACGUCAAGAACGGCGUGGUGUGCUUUAAGGACCUGUGGAUGAUCUUCCAGCCCGGCAACGUGGUGAUCGCGCAGCACCAGGGCCCGCUCAGCGCGUUCGAGAUGGUCGAGACCGAGUACAUGCAGAACAACUGCGGCAAGUUCCUGCAGGUGCGGUGCGACUGCGUCGACUACGGCGGCAAGGACUUUGGCCGGUACCAGGAGGGCAUCAACAUCCCCGAGUUCAUCGGCACCAAGAAGAUCACCGGCCUCAAGAUCUACCCGAUGCACUUCCACGAGGAGCGGGACGCCGUGGCCGCCCGCCUGAUCAAGCGCGGCGCGACGUUCGAGGGGCUGGCCGGGCACCACUACAAGGAGUACAAGGGCAAGGCGAUCACCUGGGACCGCGAGGGCAACGAGGUGGAGUGCCAGAUCACGGGGCGCAUCAUCGUGGACAUCGACAGCUUCAACCGCUUCAGCCCGUGGCGUGUGCGGUACCUGCAGGACUUCAACGCCACCGAUCUGGACAAGUUCAGCAAGCAUAAGGAGGAGCUCAAGCUGGCGGAGGAGAAGUUUGUGCUGCCGCCGUACUACCAGAUGCUGUGCCGGUGCCGCACGCGCGGGUACUCGCUCAAGUUCAAGAAGUGGCUCGACUUCUUCGUCGAGCAGGUCAGCGAGGUGGUGUGGAACAGCACAGCGUUCGACCGCCUGGUGCUGCCCCCCGACCAGAAGGAGCUUAUCAUGUCCUUCUCGGAGUCGCAGAUCGCCGGAAGCACGUUUGACGACGUCAUCCAGGGCAAGGGCAAGGGCAUCAUCUGCCUGUUGUCGGGCCCGCCUGGUGUGGGCAAGACGCUGACGGCCGAGGCGGUAGCCGAAAACCUCAAGGUGCCGCUGCACAUGCUCAGCUCAGGCGACCUGGGGUCGGACCCGUGGGAGGUGGAGCGCGAGCUCAAGUCGAUCCUGGAGCUGGUGGCGCGGUGGAACGCGAUUCUGCUGUUGGACGAGUGCGACGUGUUCCUCGAGGCGCGCAGCACGCACGAACUGGAGCGCAACAAGAUCGUGUCCAUCUUCUUGCGCACGCUCGAGUACUACGAGGGCAUCAUGUUCAUGACAACCAACCGCGUCGAGGAUAUCGACGCUGCCUUCCAGUCGCGUAUCCACGUCAGCAUCGAGUACCCGGAUCUUACCUCUGCGUCGCGCCGCACGAUCUGGGCUAAUUUCCUGCGUGGGUCGACUAUCAAGAGCUCGCUGACGGAUAAGGAUAUUCAUGAGCUGGCGGAGCUGAAGCUGAACGGGCGGCAGAUCAAGAAUGUGCUCAAGACGGCGCAGUUGUUGGCCGCGCGGAAGAAGAGUGAGACGCUGGAUCGCAAGUAUAUCGAGACGAUUUUGGUGAUUGAGAAGAAGCGGCCGGGGGCGCCGCAGCAGAUGAUGCAUUACCUGUAA